CAGAAUUAAAUGAAUUAAUAAAAAUAAUAGGAAUAUGGAUAAAGAACCAUUGAUACAGUUUACGCUUCACGCUGCUGCUCCCUCGACCAAUCAGCGCUAACCUCGUCCAGCUCUUCUCUGAGCCACCACAACAAACUGUGGUAGCAUGCCUCCCAAAAAGGAAACAAAGGCUAAACAGCCUGCUAAACAGACAGCCAAGAAGAAGGAGGGAGGAGGUGGUGGAAAGGCCAAGAAGAAGAAGUGGUCAAAGGGAAAGGUCCGCGAUAAGUUAAACAACCUUGUAUUGUUUGAUAAACCAACAUAUGACAAGCUGUAUAAGGAAGUGCCAUCAUACAAGCUUAUUACUCCCUCUGUUGUCAGUGAGAGGCUUAAGAUUACUGGUUCUUUGGCCUGUCGUGCUCUCGAUGAACUCUUGAAUAAGGGUCUCAUCAGACAAGUUGUGAAGCACCAUGCACAGGUUGUAUACACAAGGACUACAAAGUCUGAAGACUAGAAAAAUUAAAUUGAUGAAUUAGA